UUUUCGCACAUCACUUCCUCUCCUACCAAAAGUGGCAAAUUGCAAGUGUGUUGCAAGUUUUAGAUAUAACUACAGUAACAGGGCUUGAUCCCAGGAACACCUGAUCCCACAAGGAUUCAGUUUACAGUAAGAGAACAUCUACUGGAACAACAUAUACAGUGAGACAAGAUAUUCUGGAACAACUUACACAAUAAGACAAGAUAUACUGGAACAGCGUAUACAUUAACUGUAAGGGAAGUCGCUUUAAAUAAACCAGUCUUGAAAACUGUAAUCGUACCCCAGUACCCUUGUUUCUAUAGGAUGGUUUAAAAAUGUAAAGGAAUGAAUGUAACAGCAUUAUCUAGAGGGCCUAGUGAGCUUAGCUGUUUGUUCUCAAGACACCAGUCUGAUUAAUCUGAGCUGAAGGAGUGAGACUUCAGGUACAAUGGCUUUGUUGUGCAGUCUGGAUCAGAUGCAAUGGAAAGUGAGGCAUAUCUUUCUUGGCUAAAAUGCAAAAGUAUUUCCAUUAAACACGUUACGACCUUCAUGGUCUAACCAUGACCGCAUAACCUUUGUAAUUAAGAAAACAGAAAAAUCGUGUCACUUGAAACUGUGUCAACUUUUGGUGCGCACUAAUUAAUGGUCAUCCUAGCCAAAGCUUAGAAUUACACCUGUGCUGGCGCUCUGGUUGACAACCUCAGAAGAAGAAUGUCAAACGCUGAAGACGGUGCUGCAGAUAACUUUCUUACCAUUUACUUGCAGAAUUGUAUACUGGAAAAGGUUAAUAGUAUUUGGGUCUAGACUUCUAACAUACCUGCUAAGUCGUUGUCUGUUCUACUAAAAUGUAGGCUACUUUGGCAUGACUAAGGAAUUGUAAAGCUCUGCUAGGCUACACCAUGCGAUCGAUGCUGUCAUUUUGACUAAGGAUUGUGAUUUGAUGGCAUCAAACGGCAAAGUGGAAAAAGUCUCCAAAUACGAGACAUUAAGACUUCUGGAAAAAUGCCGAAAAGACAGAGACGAGGCGAUACACCGAGAAAGCGUGAUGAGAGAAAAGAUGAGACAUUACGACUCAAGAAUGAGGUCAACGGAGGCUGUGAAACAGAAAUUAAAGACAUUGACAGUGGAUAAUAAAGAAUUGAGGAAACAGGUCAAGACUCUUCGGGCUGAAAUUGGCUUGGAAUCUAGUCCAAAGUUUCAGGGCAAAACCACUAGGGAUAUAAUAAAUGACCUACACGAGAAGGACCGCGAAUGCUCUUGUUUAGUUGAGAAAGCAGGGAAAUUAAGCCUGACAAUAGAUGAGCUUACUUCAGAGUUGGCAAAUACCGUGACUUCGAAAACGCUGUUGGAGGAUCAAGUACAAUCAUUACAACAAAGCUUGAAAGAUAUGACCAAUAAUCAGCGACGCUUGCUUAAAUUAUGGGAGGACAAAAAGACUCAGAGGGAACAGCUUACUCUACCGGCAAUUCCCCAAAGACCCGGACAAAAACCAGCAGUACACAAAGCUGUUCAAACCGAAAUGUCCAUUAAUUCCUCGCAAAAACUACCCGCCAGUGCAUUUGAAACCAAGCCGCUACGAAGAGAGACGGAGAGGAUUGUUAAAGGACUGGACAGACGCAGCAUAACCGCUUUAUCAAAUGGAAAUCACAUAUGAGAAAAGGCAGCGUUAGUUCAUAAUGACACAAAGUAACGUUGCUUGAAAGUGGAAAAUGCCACUGCGAUUCCAGAGACAUUGUAUUUAUUCUUACAGUUGUUGUUUUGAUUUAUCCUCGCCUUGAAGUCGCCCAUUCUUGCCACAAUUAUAUUAACGAUAUGCUUAAUUAAUUUACUUUGCUUUAGUGACAUUUCAUUCACGCCACCACUACCUAGGAAAGUCUAACUUCUUAAACUGCGGAGUUUGGCUGUCUUGUCUGUAUGGUUGCCCGAGGUUCAUUUUUAAAAGCACAGUUAGGGCUUAAUCUAUGUUUUUUAUUUAUUGUUACAUUUUGCUGAUCUCUGUAAAUACCAACAGUCUGUGUGACAUAAAUAUUAUACUUCUU